AAACAGGAAACGUUACAAUAGAAACCCCUAUGAUUGGCUGUAGAAAAUGACAGCUGAGGUAAAUCGUCCAAUCAGAGCUUGUUGCUAUAGCAUUUGUAAGCGAGCUCAUGGUCAUUAUACAAAUAAAUAUUUCUCCUCGUUGUAGUUUUUGUGUCUUUCGUUUAAGAUUGUAGGGGAAAUGUGAGACACGUUAUAUGAGCAUGCCGUGUGAGAGUAUUAGGCUUCGCUCGGUGUGUGUUGCGGUCAGGUCCCUCGCCGGUGAGAUGAGUCCGAUCAGGAAGUUAGCAGAAGCCGGGGGUAAUGUGUUCGCUAGCUAGGAAACAUUUUCGCCGGUCUGGGCUGUUCCCUUUGUCUGAGACGAGGCAGCGCGUGUUCUUUUGUUUGGGCAGCCGGUUUUCUUUUGUUUGAAGAGUGGUGUUCGUGGAGGCUUUGAAAACAUGCAGCGCACGAAGAAAUGUUUCACGGACGGUCUGAUUCAUCUCGCCAUCCUGUUUAGUUUGAUAGAUGUUCGGGUGGACAUUGAUUCCUAUUUGAACAGCCCGUUCAACUCGCCGUUAAUAGAGAUAGAAGGAGGGCUGAGCUCUGCUUUCGUACAGACCCCAUUUAACCAUUACCGGGAAAUUGCGGCCGGUCAUCACGUGCACACCAAAUGCCCCGAAUUAGAAGAUUACUUUACGAGUCGGAGGCUGCUGAAUGAAGUGCGCGCGCUUGGCUCGCCGGUUAGUUUCCCUACGCGACUCAGUACGUGGCUCGUGCACCUGGUGCCUAACGGCGUGGGACCGGAGGAAGCGCAGGACAAUAGCGGGUAUGCGGGCGAUGAGGACACGAGUGAUGAAACCCGUGGGAAUGAAUCCGACAACCAUCCGGAGGCCAUUUUAACACAAGCAGAACAGGAUAUUGUGAAAGACUGUGAGGAAGGAGUCAAUCGUGAUUCACCAACUCAACUCUUUCAAAGCUCACCACAGGAACAAGAGGUUCUGUUAAGUAGCAUUGGUCUACUUCCCCCUCGUUCUGGUGUUGAAGUCCACUCUCAAUGGCCAGACUUCUUGUCAGAUUUAAAUGAUUUUGAGACGUUGAUCGCACAGCAGGUGCCUUACAUGGACCCCAUCAGCUACAAUGCCAGCCUUCAAGAUGCCAUGGUUAGCAGUGGUGGGGAUUACAGACCACACCCACCUGGAGGUGGAGCACAUGCCACACCAGGCCAAACACCUUCUCUCUUCAACUUAGAAGCUAUUAACUCCUCUAACAGAGACACACCUAGAACAGAUUUUGGUACUCUGGCUUUGCCUCCUUUCUCCUCAUUAGGGAACAGCUCUCAUGGAACCUCCCACUCCAGGGUGGGUGGUUAUUUGGAUGAGGCUGUGUUUGAGCAGAUAAAUUUGUUGGGUCUGGAGGGCCUGGCUAGUGUGGAGGGACCGGUACUAAGUGGAAUGGAUGGAAGCUUAGAUGCUUCAUGGCUAGAGGGCAUGGACUCUGACUCUGGCCUGUCACUGGAGACCAAUUCCAGAAGCCCUGCCUCAAGCUCUACAUCAUCUUCAGAUUCGUUUUGCGAGGGUGGAGCCGCGGGGUACAGCAGUGAAGUAGAGUCCCUUUCAAGUAAUGGUAGAGCUUGUGCAUCAUCAUGCUACAAUUGGCCACAAAUAAGCCUUAACAAGCACAUUUGGCAUGAUCACAACUACUCGGCCCAGUCACCUGAAGACCAUGACCCACAAAGCUGGACCCGAUCUCCUAAAGAUAUAAAACAGGAAGUAAUGAGUGAGGAUGAAACUGGAGUGGGGGAGCCAAGCCGGGAUGAACGGCGUCUACAGGCUCUUGGUCUUCCAUUUUCUGCCCCUGAAAUUGUUAACAUGCCAGUGGAAGACUUCCUGGAGCUUCUUGAAGAACGGAGCCUAUCCACAUCAGCGGUCACACUCCUGCGGGACGUGCGCAGACGUGGAAAAAACAAAUUAGCUGCACAAAACUGCAGAAAAAGGAAGAUGCAUGCCAUCUUGGGCCUGCAGGCUGAGGUGGAGGGACUUGUUGCUCAGCGCGAUGCCCUUCUGCGUGAGAGAACAUGCACCACCAAGGCUCUGUCAGCUACAGCCGAGUGUUUCAAGACACUUUCUCAUGUUGUGCUGAGGCAGCUGAGGGAUGAACACGGACAGUCACUAAGCCCAGAGCAAUACACACUCUGCUGUGGCACAAAUGGACGCGUAGUGGUCCGACCUCGAACAAACGCUGUGAGAAUGACCACAACAAGGGCCAAAACAACGAAGCGGAAGAAGGAUAAAAAACCUUGACUAUUUUGAUUUCAUGUGUGUCCGUCCUAAAGGGCUACUUGGUCUAGGACUACUGAAUGUUCCCCUUUUAAUUAUUUAAACAAGAAGUGACGAUAAAAUUACAGUAUAAUGGACUAAGGAUUAUUUGCUAAAAGGUGUAGCAAAAGCACUGGGCAUGUAUAGAAGUAUUUUAAAAGAAAACGACACGCAGCAGGGUUCCCCCUUCCCAGUCCUGGAAAGUCUAGUACAGUUGGUAUUCAUCAUUAAAAUAUAAAUGACACUUUAACAGACAUGACAUUAAUGGAAAUAUGAGGGUAUUAAUGCAGGUCAUUCUGUGUUAAGUUUCUGGUGUUAAAGGGUCUUUAAUUACUAUGGUGAUCAGACUCCACAACUUGUUAUGCAAUUGUAAUGCUGGUUAUGCAAUUAUUUUACAGUUGUCAACCACAUGACUGUUCCACUAUGGCCUUAAUUAGUCCAAUUGUUUGGUCUCAAGACAUUUGUAUUGACCUCAUUUGGCUUUUUAUUGCAUUGUAAAAGGUUGUGGGGUUUUUUAUGUUAAUGUUUUUGUUUAUUUUAUGCAUAUGGACAAGUAUAUAAAUAUUGUGAGAUUUUGAACAGAAGAUUUAUCCUAACUGACAGCUAGAGUAAAAUAUCAUAUUCAAAUUUUUAAUUCCAGAAUUAAUGGCAUAAAGUGAGCAAAAUGAUUGAAUUGUUUUGUGUAAUGUUUAUUUUACAGUGUCCACUGUUGAUUGAUUUUCUCAUUUGAACUACUUUUAUAAAUAAUGUAAAUUUGAGAUGUAAUACUAUACCACAAUGGACAAAAUGGAAUGUUUUAAAUAAAUCAAAAGUAAUUCGUGUGUGUGUGUGUGUGUGUGUGUGUGUGUGUGUGUGUGUGUGAUUAAUCUCAGUAUAUUUCCAUUCAACCCCAGUCUUGAACAUGUUCUCUGAUGUUACUUUAACCAAAUUCUGUUUCCCCGAGGUCUAAAUGUGAAUUUGCACAGGCACCACAAAAUAUCAAUUGUAACCAGUCGGGGAAAAAAAAUUCACAUUUGUAUGUAUCGCAAAAAUUUUUGCAAAAGUCAUUUUCAUGAUGGAUGCCAAUAAUUCUGCAGUUCAGUGUACCUUGUAUUGUGGCUAUUAAAAUUAUGUAUGCUACAUCUGUUAUUGCAGCACUAUAUAUAGGUGCAUCUCAAAAAAUUAAUAUCGUGGAAAAGUUUGGGGGUUUUUUUCUCCAUAAUUUAAUUCAAAAAGUGGAACUUUAAUAUAUUCUAGAUUCCUUACAGAAAGUGAAAUAUUUCAAGUCUUUUUUUUGUUGUUGUUCUUUUUUUUAUUAUUAUUCUUGAUGCUUACAGCUCAUGGAAAUCAAAAACCUAGUAUCUCAAAAUAUUCAAAUAAAGAAUUUAUUUGAAAUAUGCCUCAGCAGUGCAACAGGCUGAUUGCCUCCAUGCCACGCUGCAUUGCUGCAGUAAUUCCUGCAAAAGUAUUAAAGCCCCGACCGAGUAUCGAGUGCAUAAAUUAACACACUCUUUUCAGAAGGUCGACACUUCUGUAUAAAUUCUCUAAUGUUUUGAAAUACUGGAUUUUUGAUUUUCCAUGAGCUGUACGACAAUCAAGAUUUUUAAAAAAAAGGCUUGAGAUAUUCCAUUUUCUUGAAAUAUUUGUGUAAUGAAUCUAGAAUAUAUGAAAGUUCCACCUUUUUUUUUUUUAAUUAUGCAAAAAAAAAAAAAAACUUUUCCAUGAUAUUCUUUUUUUAUUUUUUUAGAUGCACCUGUAUAUAAAACAGUCACCAAAGUUCAAGCUUGGUACUGACGCAACUUUUCCUCCCGAUUUCUAUUCUGUAUGUUUAUUUGCAAAUGUGUGCUGAUUGUUUCACAUAAGAAUGAAUCAGUCAAGUCAAAAUAUGUUUUGUUUAACCUAAUAUGGAAAAAUCUCAAGAUGAAUAAAGGAGAAAAUGAUUUUA